AUGAUAACUAACUCGACACAGGUUUCAUAUUUUAUACUCAGUGCAUACUUUGACACUGGGAUGUUAAAGUACUUAUACUUCACUAUCAUAUUGUGUUUGUAUGUUUUAAUAAUCCUGUCUAAUGUGUUUCUGAUUGUGCUUAUCUGUGUGAACAGGAGCUUACAUGAACCCAUGUACCUGUUUCUGUGCAGUCUGUUUGUGAAUGAACUGUUUGGUAGUACUGGGCUGUUUCCAUUCCUUCUGUUUCAGCUCCUCAAAGACCUUCAUACUGUUUUGGUUUCACUGUGUUUCCUACAAAUAUUCUGUGUUUAUUCUUAUGGAUGUAGAGAAUUUACUACUUUAGCCGUCAUGUCCUAUGACCGAUACCUGGCCAUCUGUCAUCCUCUGCAGUAUCACACACUUAUGACUUCGACUAAAAUGUCUGUACUUAUUACUCUAAUGUGGUGUUUCCCUUUUCUUGUGAUGGCUGUUGGUAUUUCUCUAAGUUCACCUUUACAUCUGUGUGGAAACAUCAUCAACAACGUCUACUGUAAUAAUUACUCUAUCAAACUGUCCUGUUCUGACGCCAAAGUCAUUAGCAUCUAUGGACUCAUUAAUGUGUUCAUUUCCAUGUGUGUUCCUGUCAUGUUAAUCGUUUACACCUAUAUGAGGAUCCUUAAAGUGUGUUUUUCUGGAUCUAAACAGACCAGACAUAAAGCUGUCAGUACCUGUACACCUCACCUGGCUUCACUGAUAAACUUUGUUUUCGGAUGUGUUUUUGAUAUAAUAAGCAGCAGGUUGGACAUGAACCAUGUGCCACAUACGCUGAGAAUAUUUCUAUCAGUGCACUUUUUAAUUUGUCAACCAAUAUUUAACCCUCUGGUUUAUGGAUUAAAAAUGUCCAAAAUACGCAACACAUGUAAUAAUCUGCGUUCUGGUAAACAUCAUGAACUCAACAGACGUGCUAAGGUUCAGUGA